AUCGAUUUGAAAACAAAUCGCCGUGAGGAAGGACGGAAGGAACACAAACAAAAUUAUUUCAAUUUUAAUUUUUCUAUUUUGUGUGAUCGUCUGAAGUUUAGUAAAAUUACCUGAAUUUAAUGCUAAUAUUUGACAAACAAAGCAGUAAAAAUGACCAGCCAAGAACGUCAAAUUCUUCGGAAAAUGGAUUUCCCCGAAAUGGCCCGGGAAGCUCUACCCAUAAUAGAAAAUCUUAUCAUUCACCGCAACAAGCACGACUUGGCGAUGGAUCUGAUCGGGGAAUUCGUCUUCCGUGAGCGUCGGGAGGAUCAACGAGGUGGCGGCCAGCAGUACCAAAAGCAACCGGUGGCACCGCGGCUGUCCUCAAUCGAUGAAUUUCAACUGGUGCUGGUGCUAUGCGAUUUUUUCUCCCGCCCUGGGCCGGACGCCACCAGGAACGCGGUAUUUUUCUCUCUGUUUGGCGGUUCAAUCGGGCGCACCAGUGUGCUGAACAAGCUGAUCAGUACGGCUGUUUCCGGAUCGAUUGCCCCGUUAUUGUGCGCUGCAGGCACUUGGAUGCAACAGUUGGGCUGCACCUCUCCGCCAAGUCUUGAGCUAGCCCAGUGCAUUGUCAAAGACUUCGUAAUAUUCUCUAACAAAUCCUCGGAGCAGUUGAAAUCUUUGCCAAUGGUGGCCCCACGUUUUGCGGCCAAUUUUAUGACUGCGGUGACGGAUCUUUAUCUGAACGGAGUGAAAGGGCAACUGGUGGCCCCUCCGGAUCUACUGCUAGAUGUCAUAACCGAGUGGGUCUCCGAGAAUCCGGCCCUGUGUCUAGCCUCCCAGCAGCCAAUGGCACUUCCCACGGGAGCCAUUGCGAUGCCGGUAGUAACUCCGCUGGCCGGAUUGAUCCGAUGGUGUGUUCUCUCGAUGAUGAUCACCAAAAAGCAAGAUCUGUACAGCAAGCUGCAUCUGGCCGUGUUGCAAAGCUUGUUGGAAGCAACGCCUCCAGCGACCGCUCCUCCUAGUGCCCUGAAUGCACAACACCUGGCACUGAUCAUCAACUCGCUCCAAGCCGAAAUGGAAUCGCUUCUCAAAGCGGGCAAAUCAUUAAACGAAGAGUACAUUCACAGCUGCCUGGAACGGUUUGCCCAAGCCGUACAGGUUGGACUGACCUCACGGUGUAUUUUCGGAAACAUUCCCCAGCUGGUAUGUCGACUGGAAACGCUCCCGAGCAAGAACAAACUGUUGCAGAUCGUGAUCAACGCCAACAAGACUGUGCACGGCACAUCUACAUCUGUGACUUCCACAAGGGCCGCAUUCAGUGCGCACGGACCAAGCGACGUCGACGCGAUUCCGAAGAUGAUAGCAACGAGACGGAUACGGAUCUACCGGAAGUAGAUCUGUACCAACUGCAGGUGAACACCCUCCGAAGGUACAAACGAUUCUACAAGGUAUCUACUCGACCCGGCAUCAACAAAGCUCAGCUAUCAGAGACCAUCAUGAAGCACUUUAAAACCAUUCCGAUCAAGGAAAAGGAGAUUCUCACCUAUUUUAUCUACAUGGUCAAAUCCAACUCCAACAAGCUAGAUCAGAAGAAUAACACCAGUAAUGAAGCCACCUGAAGGUAAAUGU